AUGGCGAUUAAGGUAGUAGUUGAAGGGAGCACUCUGAAUGUCAUUAGCGCUUACGCCCCACAAACGGGCUUGGACGAGGAGGUUAAAAGGCACUUCUGGGAGGCGAUGGAUGAGGUGGUACGAGGUAUUCCACCUACGGAGAAUCUAUUCAUAGGAGGGAAUUUCAAUGGUCAUAUUGGGUCGUCUGCUGGUGGCUAUGGUGAGGUGCAUGGUGGCUUCAGCUUUGGUGAUAGGAACGGGGGUGGUACCUCACUGUUAGAUUUUGCUAGCACUUUUGAGUUGGUAAUCGUGAAGUCUAUGUUUCCUAAGAGAGAGGAACAUUUGGUUACUUUCCGGAGUAUGGUGGCUAAGACAUACAUUGACUAUCUCCUCUUCAGGAGGUAUGAUAAGGGGUUGUGCGAGGAUUGCAAGGUGAUCCCGAGUGAGAACCUCACAAAUCAACAUAGGCUCCUGGUGAUGGACGUGGGUAUCUUGAUGAAGAGGAAGAAGAGGUUUGUAUGGGGUCAGUCGAGAAUCAGGUAG